AUGAUUAUAUUCAGAUGUGUUCAGUCCCAUAAAGAAACCUGCCCAAGGACAAGAAUCUGGGUCAAAUCAAGGAGUAAGUUCUCGUCAACGAGGCAGACAACGUCAAGGGAGCAAUCUGGGACCCAAAGGUUUUUUAACAAAAAUUUAAAAAUAAGGUGAUAAAAACUAAAUUUUAAUAAUUUAAACAGAUAAAGGAAAGGGACCAGCUCAAGACUAACAAA